AUGCCACUAAAACCAAAUCUGAAAGGGUCUCAAAAGAGCCGAACAACGUCAAAAGAAUCAUCACCAAUACUGACAGAACAAACCACAUUUUCAACUGAUUUGCAGCAUUGUUUAUUACAGUCAUAUACAUUUAGUGAAGUCAUGAAGGAAUUCUCAAAUCACCCGUGGCCACAAUUAAGCAAAGAAUGUUUCAAAAUUAUAUUGGAAAUGGAAGACGAAAAUCUCAAAAUUUUGAAUAUUUGUAAACUUUUAAUUCAUGGAAUAUUACAUAAAAGAAGGUUUCCUUUUCUUUUUAAGGUAGAUAGUGAAUUUCGAAUUCAAAUAGUCGAGACCUAUAGGAAACUACUUGUAGUGGGCUGGAGUUUGUCAGAGAUAGAAAUUCUUUUAUUAUUCUAUUUCAUCAAUCGAAACUUAAAUGAAGUCAAAAAUUUAUUCCCAUAUAAAACUUGUGAUACAUAUUUUUCCUCAAUACUCGAAACUUUACCAAGUUUUGAAUCAAGCAUUAAUUUCAGUUUACACCAUGCGCAACCUGAUCGUUAUGACUUAGUUGAGGAGACUAUGAAAUUUAAUGCAAAUGGUAAUUCGAAUUUUUAUAAAGUAAAUGAUUAUGUACUAUCCAUAGCUUCAAUUCAAAGAAAUGAAAGAAAGAAACAAAGUCAAUUAUUUGAAUCUUAUUUAAAGGAUGAUAAAUCACAAGCUGUCAAAUUUGAAGAUUGUUUAAAAUAUGAUCUUACGAGUGAAAGUUUACUAGAAUGUUUUCCAGAUUUUGAACUUCAUGAUAUACUUGAAUAUGUUGAAUCAUGUCCAGAAUUCAACCCAUCAACCAUAACGUCUGGUGAGAAAAGAUUAAUGAAAAUACUUGUAGCAGAAAAAAACUCUUUAGAUGAAGUGAUUCCUUCAUUCCCGUUAAGAGAUAAACAAAUCAUUAAAUCCAAUUAUCAUGCCAUGGUUUAUGCAAGUGGUAAAGUUCCAAAAUUUAAAAAUGGAAUAGAAAGAUUAAUAUAUGAACAAGGAAUGACCAUGAAUACUGAUUCUUCAGGAAGAAGGAAUUCUAGAAGGAGUCUUCAAAGUGAAUUUGAUUUAGAUAUGUUACAAAAAUAUCAAAAACAAGCUAGAAAAAUUGAAUAUAUGAAACCUGUUAAGCCCGAAGGGAAAGAGAAAUCACUACUCAAAAGUGAAAGGACUAAGAGAUUGCAUAUAACUAAGAAAGAAAAAAUAGAAAACAGAAGGGCUAAAACUAAAGAAUUAUGGAUAAAAAGAAGACUAUCUGGAACAUCAAUUGGAUCUCAAACCGGAAUUAGUAAAACACCAACUUUAAAAACUGAGAUUCGUGAUUUGAAUGCUGGUUUUCAGCAUUUUCAAACUGUUGCAGGCGAUAGACAAAAAAUUAUAGAAGGUUCAAAAAGAAAACGUAUUCAAUCAAUAUUUUUUGAACCACUGACUGAACCAAUAAUUAAAAGAAGUCAAGUCAGACAAAAUCAAAAAGCUCAAGCAAGAUUACAAUUAAAAAAAGAAGCAUUAUUAAAACGUAAAAAUGAAAAAUUAGUUAAAAAAAGAAAAUAUACUAGAAAAGUAGCAUCAGAUUUUGAAUCAACUCCUGAACCAAGUGAUGAUGAUUUUUUAGAAACUCAAUUAGAUGAAGUAAAUCGUAUCAGUAAAUAUGAUCCACCAGAUUUAAAUGCUGAUACAUUAAUUCCAUUAUAUAAUCGUCAAUUAUAUAUUGAUUCUAUAUAUCAUGAUGAACCAUCACUUCCAACUUUAAAUUUUAGAGAUUUAAAAGAAAAUGAAAGUAUUAAAGAUGCAAUGACAAGUAAUGAUGGAACAAUUUUAUUUGAUGAUGGAUUAGCAGCUCAUGUUGUUGGAUCUCAUAUUAAAUGUUAUAAUGAAUUACCAAUAUCAUUUCCAACUUAUUUUAAUCAAGUUACAAUUGAUGUAAAUUAUGAACAUAGUGUUAAAAUUAGAUUUUUAUUAUAUCCUGAACAUAGUGAACUGUAUGUUUUAGCAGAACCAAAAGAUAAUGAAUUAGAUCCAGUUCUUGAAAUUAUGAAAGUUAUAAUGAUACAUUAUGCAUUAUAUUUUUCACAUUCUGAAAAAUUAAAAGAUAUAAUAAAUGAAUAUUGUCAUCAAUUAGAAGCUUCUAUAACAGAUAGUGAUUUUACUGAAUUUUUAUAUAUUAUUGAUAAAUGGAAUUUAUUAAUGUUAUAUUUAUCACCAAAUGAUUCAUCAGCUUCAAAAAUUUUAAAAGAAGGUAAAGAUUUAAAUGCAGGAGUAAGAGUAUUAUUAAAUCAAUCUGAAUUUAAAAUCCCCAAUGUUGAAGAAUUAAAAUUAGAUAUAUUUUAUGAAGAAAUAUGUUUUGAAUCAUUAAGUCCUAUAUAUGAACCAAUAAUUAUUAAAGAAGAAGGAAUAAUAGAAGAAGAUAUUAUUGAUGAUCCAAAUUUAGAUAUUUCAAUAAAAAAUUUUGAAAUUCCUGAAUUAACUACUACUAAAAGAAAUUAUACAAAACCUUCAACUUAUAAUUCAGAUUUUUUUAAAAGAUUAACUACAAAAGAUACAAUUUCAAGAUAUACAAUGCAACAAUUAUUAUUAAGAGUUUAUGCAAGAGUAGUAUCAACAGAUUCAAGAAAAUUAAGAUCUUAUAAAGCAUUUACAGCAGAAGUAUAUGGAGAAUUAUUACCAUCUUUCACAAGUGAAGUAUUAGAAAAAGUAGAAUUAAAACCAAAUCAAAAAUUUUAUGAUUUAGGUUCAGGAGUUGGUAAUACAACUUUACAAGCUGCAUUAGAAUUUGGAGCAUGUGUUUCUGGAGGUUGUGAAUUAAUGAAACAUGCAUCAUAUUUAACUAUAUUACAAGAAAAUUUAAUUCAAAAACAUUUAUCUAUAUGGGGAUUAAAUAAAUUAAAUUUAAAAUUUUCAUUAAAUCAAUCAUUUGUAAAUAAUUUACAAGUUCAAAAAGAUUGUUUAGAUUCUGAUAUUUUAAUUAUAAAUAAUUAUUUAUUUGAUGGUGAAUUAAAUGCAGAAGUUGGUAGAUUAUUAAAAAAUUUAAAAACUGGUACAAAAAUUAUAAGUUUAAGAAAUUUUAUAUCACCAAGAUAUAAACCUACUUUUGAUACAGUAUUUGAUAGAUUAAGUGUUGAAAAACAUGAAAUGACUGAUUUAAUGUCUGUUAGUUGGACUGCUAAUAAAGUUCCUUAUUUUAUUUCAACUGUUGAAGAUGAAAUUAGACCAGAAUAUUAUAAAAAAUUAGAUAAACAUGAAAUUGGUUUAUAUAAUGCUUUUAAUUCAAGAUCAGGUACUCCAUCUAUUAUGAAUGAUAAUAUGGAUAUUGAUGUGAAUAGAGAUGAAGAAAUGGAUAUUGAUGAAGAUGAUGAAGAGGAGGAACUUCACAAUCAAUUUGAUGAAGAAAAUAAUGAUGGAGAAUCUACUCCACCAACUGAUCAACAUUCAGAUAACGAUAAAUAA